AUGAACAUGUUGGACGUAGAAGAUGACAUCUUUCACGUCACACGUGAAUGCUACUCCCAUUUGAGUGACUCGGAAUGGGAGGUAGUCGGCCGCAUGAGUGUGCUCAUGGGCGAACCCGCCACCAGUGGCAUGUUGGAGUCUCUAAGCAAAAUGCUGCCAUCAACAAGUUCCUACAAGGGGGACUUGCUGUCGAAGAACAGAAGAUAG